UGCUGUGAGCGGGGGCGGCGACAGCGACACACCUGGGGAAUUACAGAAACAAGCAACCGUACGGUUGCGUUUUUAAUGUAAGUUGUCACUACGAAGGACAUGCAUUAGGUUUCAGCUGCGGAAUAAGACAGAAAAUGUACACUUCGGAGCGCAGGCGAAUGAGCCUGCGCGAGCAUAAGAGGAAAGAUCCAGUUUGGGUGUCAGCUGGAAGUUUGUGGCAGGACUCUUCGGCUAUGGAGCUGAGCGCCAGUUGCUCGGGUAAACAGGUCGUUUCUCCACGAAGUCGGACCAGACCUGUAUCCGUGGCAUACAUUGUUAACAAGGACGCAACAGUACCGCAAACUGAGGAGAACUUAUCCCUGAAAUGUCUGAAGGAAGCCUGCGCGGACGCACACGCCGUUUUCAAAACAAUUUCAUUCGAGAGAAUAUCCCUAGGCACCACGGACAUUCUGGAUAGUUUCUACAAUGCAGAUGUAGCAGUGGUCGAGAUGAGUGAGUCUUUCUGCCAGCCUUCGCUCUUCUACCACCUUGGAGUGAGAGAAAGUUUCAGCAUGACCAAUAACAUAAUUCUUUACUGUUACAAGCAAGAUAAUGAUCUACAGGCUGUCAAGGAGCAGUGUGGAAGUUACACGUUCAUCCCUUACGUGGUGUCACCUCAGGGCAAAGUGUUUGCCUGUGAUGCGACAAUCAUGACUGCUAUCAACGAAUUGAUGCAGCCUAGUUUCCAGCUGGAGCCUCUGCUGACCCCGCUGGUGGAGACACUGGUGCAUUUGCUGAACAAUGUACAAAUUCAGUCCAGUGAGUACUUCCGAGAGUCAAUCCGGCAUGAGAUUCGUAUGGCACGGGAGAGGUUCAGCGGCCAGGCCCUGAGUGAGGAAUUGAGCAAUAUCCAGAAACGCCUGGACAGCGUGGAGCUGCUCACACCUGACAUAGUCAUGAACCUGCUGUUGUCCUACAGGGACAUUCAGGACUACGAUGCCAUAAUCAAACUGGUGGAAACUCUGAGCGAGCUGCCCAUGUGCCUGGUAGCAAAACAUCAGAAUAUCAAGUUUAACUACAUAUUUGCCCUAAACAGGAGGAAUCACCCUGGAGAUCGCGCUAAGGCUUUGGAUGCAAUUCUGCCUAUUGUGGAGUCGGGGGACAAAGUGGCGUCAGACGUCUACUGCCUGUGUGGACGGAUCUACAAAGACAUGUUCAUGAGCUCUGGGUUCACUGAUCAGCGCAGCAGAGAACAGUCUUGCUACUGGUAUGGAAAAGCUUUUGAGCAGGAGCCAACUCUUCACUCGGGCAUCAACAACGUGGUUCUUUUGAUGGCAGCUGGCCAUGAAUUUGACACUUCUAUUGAGCUGCGCAAAAUAGGUGUGACUAUUAGCACCCUGCUCGGUAGAAAGGGCAGUUUGGAGAAGAUGAAGGACUACUGGGAUGUUGGCUUUUACCUCGGAGCAAACAUCCUUGCAAACGAACAUAGGAAAGUCAUCAUGGCCUCUGAUAAACUCUACAAGCUAAAGGCCCCUAUCUGGUAUGUGGCAUCCAUUAUGGAGACGUACAUCCUGUACCGUCAAUUUGCCAAGCUACCUGAGGUGAAAUCUCCUACACAGGACACCGUGGACUUCUGGAUGGAACUGCUUUUGCAGACCUGUAGACCCAGUGACUCCACAGGCCGUUGCCCAGUGCUCAUUGUGGAGCCCAGCAAAGUCCUCCAACCAGCUAUUGUGUGUGUGAGCGAGGAGGAUGAAAGUUGCACUGUCCAGUUGGAACACGUCGCACCCUUAAAGAAAGGCUUACACCAGUGGACUUUCCCGGCCUCUGAAAUUCGGGGAGUGAGUGCUUCAAAGAUUGAUGAGCGGAGCUGCUUUCUGUAUGUCCACUACAAUUCAGAUGACUUCCAGCUCUGCUUCCCCUCUGAGCUCCACUGUAAAGGUUUCUGCGAGCUGGUAAACUCUCUGCUUCAGGAGUCUGAACACCCCUCUCAGGACUUGAACCCUGAAGCUGAGGGAGUACUAGAGUACAUCUGUGAGACCAAUGAGAAUGGCGACAAAGUGAUUUUGGGUAAAGGGACGUACGGUGUGGUGUACGCUGGGAGGGACCUGAGCAACCAAGUUCGCAUCGCCAUCAAGGAAAUCCCUGAGAGGGACAGCAUGUACUCCCAGCCCCUCCAUGAGGAGAUAGCUCUGCACAAGAGGCUAAAACACAGAAAUAUUGUCCAGUACUUGGGCUCAGUCAGUGAGAACGGUUUCAUCAAGAUCUUCAUGGAGGAAGUACCUGGAGGAAGUUUAUCAUCUCUCCUGCGCUCCAAAUGGGGUCCCCUGAAAGACAACGAAGCCACCAUCAUCUUCUACACCAAGCAGAUCCUCGAGGGGCUCAACUACCUUCAUGACAAUCAGAUAGUCCACAGAGACAUUAAGGGUGACAAUGUAUUGGUCAACACCUACAGUGGAGUGUUGAAGAUCUCUGACUUUGGAACCUCCAAACGAUUGGCAGGAAUCAACCCCUGCACUGAGACCUUCACUGGAACUCUUCAGUACAUGGCCCCAGAGAUUAUCGACCAAGGGCCCCGGGGUUAUGGGAAACCGGCUGAUAUCUGGUCCCUUGGGUGCACUAUUAUAGAAAUGGCAACUGGCAAACCACCAUUCCAUGAGCUGGGAAGUCCUCAGGCAGCCAUGUUUAAGGUGGGCAUGUUUAAGAUCCACCCCAAGGUUCCAGAGUGCAUGUCCAACAAGGCAAAGGGCUUCAUCAUGAACUGUUUUGUGCCGGACCCCGAUGACAGAGCCACAGCCACAGAGCUGCUAAAGGCAAGCUUCCUCAUGUCGUCCCCCAAGAAGAAGGCCAGGCCUCCGCAAGAAUCCAAACCUAAGGACACGUCUUCUGCUGACUACCAACGCAGCCUGUCUGUACCCAUCUCCAUCCUUGUGGAGGACACUGAUUCAUACCCGGUUUCAAUCGACCUGUCCUGUUCCUUGGACUUCCGGCAGCGAAAAUCCACCCUCAUAGCAGAUGAAAUCUCUGAGAGCCCACCCAGCACCAGCAGCCUUUUGUCAAUUCCAGAGGACUUUUCAUCAGACAUGAGCAGUCCAGCCUCAACAGAUGAGAACGUUGGUCUUUUUAUGCUGAGAAAGGACAGUGAAAGGAGAGCCACACUGCACCGAGUCCUUACUGACUACAUCAGCCAUGUCGUCUCUAAUAUACAGGAAUCUGUGCCUCAGCAUGGCGAGGGAUCAUCCAUAACUGCCGACCACAUCACCAUGCUCAUUAGCUGCCUGCGAGACAACAUCCGCUCCCCAGACAGAAGGCAGCUGACAAGGAGCUUGAAGGAACUUCGAACCUCACUGCUCGCUGACGCAGUUUCACUGAACAGCCUGCAGGUGGUGCUGUUUAGCUUCCAAGAUGCAGUAAAGAAGGUGUUGAGGCAACAGCAAGUGAAACCUCACUGGAUGUUUGCUUUGGACAAUCUGCUGAGACAGGCAGUGCAGGACGCCAUCACUGUGCUCUUACCAGCACUGAAACUCCAGCUGCAGUCCUCAUUUGAGACUGAGGACAACACUCCUGAUGAGCAGUGUGAUGACCCAGACACUCCUGUAGUUAUUGUCCCUGACCAGGUGUUUGCGCCAGCAGACACGGCGCAGUCGGCAUCCUUAUGCAAGACCCUGCCAACAGCAAGCCCCAACUCCCCUACAGAGCUCUUCCUCAACAGCAACUGCCCCCUCAGUGAGCAACUGAGAGACCUACGAGGAAACACCAGAAGACUGCUGAGUCAGCUAGUUGAGAAGGAACGAGAGUAUCAGGUGCUACUGAUGAACUCUGUCCAGAAGAAACAGGAAGAGAUUGAUGCAUUGAGGAAAGCAGCAGUCACUGAAGUUAGAGGAGUGACUCCACAGAAAGGCUCUAAUCCAGAUGUGAAGGCUUUGGUGUGCUGGCUCGAGUCUGUCCCUGUUGACCAAGACACUAUCAAUAAGCUGCUCUCUCAUGCUUUCACCUUGGACUGUCUCUUCUACAUGGCCUCCAGAGAUGACUUGAUGUACUGUGGAAUAAGAGGUGGAAUGCUGUGUCGAAUCUGGGCAGCCAUCGCAGCUCGCAGGAAGACCCAGCUCAGCACACACAAUGAGUACAGUGAGGACACUCUUCUUUAAUGGCUGCUGAUGUUGUACAUCAAAGGACUGAUUUAUUGGCGGGCUGGUCCUGUGUCAUCUGGAGGAAGUGAGGCAGUGGUGAACAUAACAGAACUGAUGUAUCAGGAUAUAUAUUUGGUUACCGUGUUGUACUGUGAAUGUAUUUUCUUUAAAAUAUACUUAUCACUUCUUCCAGUUAUAGUGCAUGUAAAGUAGAAUGCAAAAAUCUUCCCUUAGAAGUCAGAUCUUGCCAGCAUUUUUUUUUAAAUGCUCAUGUUAUGAUCAUUUUCAGGUUCAUAAUUGUAUUUAGAGGUUAUAUCAGAAUAGGUUUACCUGGUUUAACUUUCAGAAAACACCAUAUUUUUUGUUGUACAGCAUAUUGCUGCAGCUCCUCUUUUCCCCCUGUGUGUUGAGCUCUCCGUUUUAGCUAGAGUGAGGAAUCUCACAUCUAUUCCAUCUUUGUUUGGAGACUCACAUGCGCAGUACCUAGGUCAGCCCGACAAGCCAGUCAGAAGCAGAGUAUGACGGCGUGCCACACUAGCAGCUAGGCGAGCAUUAUAACGUGGGUAACAAAGUUACCAUCGUUCUGUCGGACAUGGUAAGUGCUUUUGGGAUGGACUUCGGGACCGGUAACGUGGACAAAAGAAGAUAUAUAUAACACAAUAAAGGAAAGGGGGGAAAACCAAAAAGCUAAAUAUGAGCAUUUUAAAACAUUAUGUCAGGACUUUGGCAAGUGGGACUACAAUUAUGCGUUCAUUAAAAAAUACUGCUUAGUAGAGCAUUAAGGUGCCUGCAAACAAGCAUGAUAACUAUAUUUUAAUAGAGCCAUCCGAUGACUCUGUUUUAUUGUGUUUUACAGAAAACUUAUCUUACUUAUAUAAGUUAUUAAAAGCCUAUUGUAUUUAAGAUGAAUGUCUUUGCAUUCUUUGUAAAUACACAGAUCACUUGUACUGUAUAUCCUGUUAAAACUCAUUCAAAUAAUAAACAGGAACCUUAAAUCUUUUAGAAUGGCUUGUUAUCUGCAAGCAGCAAAGCCGUUUCUUUUCUAGGGAGAGACGUAGGCUGGAACAAGUGACAAGGUGGUGAACAGCGUUAAAAUUCUGCACAUGUUCCCUCAUUUGUUUUGUUGACGUCUCCUUAGGAACAGGGACACAGGCUUUGCUUGAAUGUCUGUCUGUGUCUAUGGUAUGCGUGUGUUCUAUUGCUAGCCGUGCUUCUGUGUAGGUUUGCUGUUUGAGUUUUAGACUUUUUACUCUGAUAAAUCAUUGUCUCAUCCUCACUUUUUCAUGGUACAAGAUAACUGUUUAGACUUUAUAAGUUGGACCGGAGUAAUAUUAGAAUGAA